UGGCCACAGUUCCACCCAGGAACAGAGCGGUUCGCAGUUGCCGUGGCAACGUCUUCUCUCGGCCUCCUCCGCUCGGAGCAGCAGCCCCGCCGCCAGCACUGGCCCGAAAAGGCUGCCGAGGCCACGCCCUCGCUGCGCGGCUGUUUGACUUGGCGGCUGGGCUUUUCCGCCAAGGGCGGGGUUGAGGUUUAGUCAUGCGGGGUUAGGGUCUUGCCGGCUCCUCCCCACCCCACCCCCGAACCCGGGAAUCAGCACUCACACGUUAAUUCAAAGUCUGUGGAGGAAAAAUAAAAGGCCUGGUUUCAGGAGAUUAUGUCCGAAGAUUCAGAUAAGGACAAGCAGCACAUAGAACAAAUAACCAGUGAUGAUUACAAUUCGGACGAAGAUCCCUUUAACCCAUUUUUAACAGAAGAUCUUGAGCGGUGUGCCUUUUAUGCAGAUUCUUUUUAUGAUCAACUUUUGCCACGGACCACACAGAUUUUAUUGGAAUAUAACUCGGGGAAAUGGGUGCCACGGCUUCGUGAACCACGAGAUUUAUAUGGCCUGUCUCCUGCAGCUGGACACCUGAAUCUAGUACGCUGGCCCCAUGAGUAUGAAGUUAUCAGAGAGAAAAUUGAGCAUAUUGAGUGGGUUCCCCCUCAGCCGGAGCCACUAUACAGUCCAACAUGUCUGGAGACUGAGCCUCUUUGCACAGACCCCGGAGAGGGUGCUGUGGUGUAUCUAGCAGAUGGAGCUGAUAAAGAGUCCAGCUUUAUGUAUUCUCGAAUAGGGGGCAGCUUCCCCUCAAAGCAGGUGCUUCCUCAAUCAUGGGAUGACUGGGACAAUACUUUGAUCUUUGAAGCACGAUUUGAAAGUGGCAAUCUGCAAAAGGUGGUCAAAAUUAGUGAUUUUGAGUACCAGCUGACACUACGCACUGAUCUCUACACAAAUAAGCACACCCAGUGGUACUACUUCCAGGUCACCAACACCCAAGCAGGAAUGCCCUACCGUUUCACCAUUGUCAACUUCACCAAGCCAACAAGUUUGUAUAAUCGUGGUAUGCGUCCGUUGCUGUAUUCAGAAGCAGAAGCAAAGAUCCACAAGGUGGGGUGGCAAAGGACAGGAGAUGAAAUCAAGUAUUAUAAAAACAAUCUCGGCCAAGGUGGGCGCCAGUAUUUUUCCCUGACAUGGACGUUCCAGUUCCCGCACGACAGGGAUACCUGCUAUUUUGCCCACUGCUAUCCUUACACUUACAGUAACCUGCAAGACUACCUAGCAAACAUUGCUGCAGACCCAAGGCGGUCCAAGUUCUGCAAGAUCCGCAUCUUGUGCCAUUCCCUGGCUAGGAACAUAGUCUAUGUUCUAACCAUCACUAACCCCUUGCAAGAUUUUCAGGAGGAAAAACGCAAGGCAGCGGUGAUUGUGACUGCCAGGGUGCACCCAGGUGAAACGAAUAGUUCCUGGGUGAUGAAGGGCUUUCUGGAUUACAUUCUGGGGGAUUCAAAUAAUGCCCAGUGGCUUCGGGACACUUUUGUUUUUAAGGUGGUACCAAUGCUGAAUCCAGAUGGUGUGAUUGUAGGCAAUUACCGCUGCUCUUUAGCAGGCAGGGACUUAAACCGCAACUAUAAAUCGGAUCUCAAGGAAUCAUUCCCUCCCAUCUGGUGUACCCGCAGCAUGAUCAAAAGAAUGAUGGGAGAGCGCAAGGUUCUCUUAUAUUGUGACCUUCAUGGUCACAGCAGAAAAGAAAAUGUCUUCAUGUAUGGCUGUGAAAAACGAGAUCGUCAAGAAGAAGGGGCAGGCUUACACCAGCGCGUUUUCCCUCUCAUUAUGAGCAAACGCUGUCCCGAUAAAUUCUCGUUCCAAGAUUGCAAUUUCAAGAUACAAAAAGCUAGAGAAGGGACAGGUCGAAUAGUGAUGUGGAAGAUGGGCAUCAGCAACAGCUAUACCUUAGAAGUUACUUUCUGUGGGUCUAAACUGGGCAGUAGACAUGGUACCCACUUUAGUACCAAGGAUCUAGAAUCCAUAGGACACCAUUUCUGUGGCUCACUGUUGGACUUCUGUAAUAAAAAGAAGAGUAAGUAUAACGAGUGCCUGAAUGAAUUGGAGGAAAUGCUGAAAAAGGGUGAUCUAUCUGCCUCUGUCAAUGACAGAGAUUCCAGUUCUGACAGUUCAGACUCCAAUGAGGUUACCGUUAAACUAGAAGCCCAGGCAAAACCAAGAAAGAAGCAUCUGAAAACCAAGAAAGAAAGGAGUGCCUUUCUGGUGUCAUCAGGAAGAAGAUUUUCUAAAAAUCCCUUUCUUCCUGUUUAGAGUGAAACCAAAAAAUCAGAAGAAUCUUCCCACAGAAUUUCCAAGAGCCAUGAACAAAUUAUAAAAAGUACCCAGGUUUUUCAGAAACUGAAACCAAUGGAGCUGCAAAACAUACGAAAGGAAAAAUAUGAAAUUACCAAGCAGACUGUAGAACCUUUGUCCAGAACACCCAAUGCUAAAAAGGAAUGCUCUGAGCACUUUUGGGAAUGCGCUAAGGAGGAAAAUGGGAAGCUGCCAUACAGAGGUUGGGUCGGCACCAACACCUCCUUCCACGCCAGUCUGAAAGGAAGACGGAGGAGACAUUUUGAGUCAAAAGCCUUAGCAGGGCUUCAUAAAUUCCUCAGAGAAACUAACUCAGUUGUAGAAGGUAAACUUCAUGAAAUGUCGUUUGAUUCCCAAGCAGAUUCUAUGCCAGAUGAACGAAAUAAAUAUACAGUUCAGUACGUCAGCCAUUACUUUCCUGAACAAGGAUUAAAUAUUGGCUGGGACCUAGCCCAACCUUUGAAGCACAUCAUCUCACAGAGACUUUUUCUGCCUCCUGCCAUCCUUGACCAGAUGUGCAACACACCAAGAAGACACCAAGGUGCACUCUCGGGUUGCAAACUUCCUAGGGUGGAAAAUAUGAGAAAAGAAGCAAAAAUUCCACGAAGAACCUCUCUCAUACAUGUGGAGUGUCAUCCUAGCUCUCUGGUUCUCCAGGCAACUGGAGAAAAUAACACUGAAAGGGGUUGUGUCACAUUGGAGUUAGGAGAAAAAGAAGUACAAAACAUGGCCCUGGCUCAAGAAACACAUUUUAAUUCUUUACACAACAAAGCUACAACUUGGCGAUUAGAGAAGUGUCGACCUGGAAGAGCCACUAGUUGCAGAGAGAAGACAUCUUUACAAGCGAAAGAUCUUCUUGACAACCUGAAACACAAUUUAGAUGACAAAGAAAGGAAAAUAAAGGAGAAAUCACCAGCAAGCAAUGUUAAAGUUGACAGAAACAAUGGAGGAAAUCAUGAAGGAAGUUUUAGACUCAGUGAGCCCUCUCAUACACAAGAUUUUCUACAACUCUCCUUACCUUCGGUGUCAGAAGGAAAGUAUAGGCAAGUCACUGAAAAAUACCAGAAGAAUGAACAGCAACCUAAGUUGUCCUUAGGUCGGCCCCGACCUCGCUUGGCUACACUAAUGAAUACAAAAGGGACCCACAAGACACUUUUACUGAAACGCUGUGAGGAUGAUGAAGCAUCCACUUCUACAUCUCUACUGCACACUGGGCCAAAAAUGGCAGUGAAAAAGUUACUGUGCCAAAGUGAGAGCAAGUUUUUUUCAAAGAGACGCAAAAGUGAGUGCCUAAAUCACAGGCCUUCAAUGCAAGACCUUUCAGCAACAACUGAGAGAAUUUCCUUUCACGCUUAGAAACAGGUGCCAUUUCUUUUCAGGCAGCUAACAAGCCAAUGCAUACCACUGCAAAGGCUCCAUCCGGAUGGACAACCUGCAAUGAUAUCUUCAGAAAUUAUUGCUUCAGUUUCUUGGAUGUGGUGCUGGGGAAAUGCAAAAAAAAAAAAA